AUGCAACUGACACUGACAAAGUCAAUGCAAGAGCUGUUUAGAACAGCACUGCAAGAUCCCAAUUUUUGUCCAACAUUUCGUAAAGAGGCUCAGAUCGCAGUUGAUGCAUCGCUUGAUCAAAAGAAUGGCGUGUCACUGAGUCUGUUGCGCGAAUCGUGCAACUUUGUUUCAGAGCUACAACCAGGCCGUGUCUGGUUUCACGAACUUGUUCGCGGGACGAGCGUUUAUAUCGAACCGAAACCUGAAGAAGAUCCUGAGGUAAAGGCUGAGCGAGAAGCACGGUUACAAAAACUACGGGAUGAACAAAGUAAUCGCGAAUAUGCAUCGAUGGUUUCCUCGGUAAUUACGUCAGAAAAUGAAAAAUAUGCAUUCGGUGUUCGGCCUGGGGAGCUGAAACAAAUUCAAGGACAUAUCGUAACAAUCCUCAAUAUUGGACUUUCCAUGGUUGCAGUAUUUACUGCAAUCUACAUGGGUUCAAGGACAAUGACGAACGAAUUGGGUAUUGAGCCAUUGGAAUUGCAGUGGUAG